UGAUAAUAAAUAAAUACAGAAAAAAAAUGCCGGAUAUACCUUUACCACCCGAACCUAUUAUUACAAGAUGGGGAACAACAUGGUUAAAUGCUGAACUUUUCUAUGCAAAUAAUUUUUUAAAGUUUAAAAACGUGAUUGAAAGUUCAACAGAUGGUACUACAAGUGUCGAAAACCUGAAACAGCUUGUACAAAAUAAUGCAGUCAAAUCUGGUUUAGCAUUCAUAAAAUCACAUUUAUCCGAGUUAUACAUGUUUCUUAAAUAUUUGGAAGAAUCUAAUAGUGAACUAAUAAAAACAUGGAUAUUUUUGGAAAAAUUGAAGAUAUUUUAACAAAUAUUCCUGGUCCAAUUGGGAAAAAAAUUAAAGAAAAAUGUAUGUAUUUAAUUGAAAAAAAUGAAGGGUAUAACACUUUAAAGCCUUACUAUGAAGUAAUGUCAGGUGAAGCAAAUGUUAAUUUAGAUAUAACACCUACUUUAUUGAAUUGUUUUAAGUAUGCACCAAUAACUAGUGUAGAUGUAGAAAGUAGUUUAUCUUUGUACAAACACAUUUUAAGUAAUAGAUGAUUUACAUAUUUUUUUAGUGCAAUUAUAUAAUUUUAAUAUGCAAUUUAUAUGUGUUUUAAAUUCAAUUAAAUCCGG